GAGUCCGGCCGCGCCCGCUCCCCGCUCCGGCAGACAGGUCCGCCGCCACCGCCUCCUCCGUCCGCCGACGGGCCGCCGUCGCCCUCCCGCGGCGUCGGCGAGUCCACCUUCCAGGCGCACCGCAAGCUCUGGGAGUCGAUGAACAACGACUGGCGCAAUAACGACAUCGCGCAGAGCAGUCGGGAACAGCGCCAGCGAGAGCUUGGAUUUCUGGCCAACAGGUGGCAGCAUAAGCCGGCCGAGCUGGAACACGCCGCCAGGACGGCGAAACCGCUGGAGGAGAUGGCCCCUCCGCCGCCGCCGCCGCCGCCACAGAUGGCCGGCAUCCCUCCAGCGCCGCCACCGCCGCCGCCGCCGCCGGGCGGCUCUCCGUCGCACAAGCCCCGCCCCCAGUCGCCGCUCCGCCAACCAGGGGCCGUCAGCAGCCCGCUCCGCCAAUCACAGCCGGCCGCAGACUCCCACAGCGGCGCCAGGGCGGCCGGCCGGCGGCCGUACCAGGUGCGCGUCAAGCCCGGUUGCCUGUACCCGAGCCUCUCCGACCUGGAGACGGCCAGCAGCUCGCACGAGUCGGAGACGGACGACGGCCGCAGCGGCGCCGCGUCGCCGGCCAGCACCGUGUGGCGCGCCGGCGACGAAUCUACCGUGUCAUACACCAGCGGCCAGAGCGACGCCGAGAGUCUGGGCGCCGAGAUCCUGGCGAUGGCACGCGCCAACCAGCCGCCGCCACCACCGGCCAGCCUGCCCACCAUUGACGAGAGCGAUGCAAGCAGCGACCUCUCUGGCAUGGCCGCCUGUGCCGCCAUCGAUGACGUGCUCGACAUCAUAGACGACGAGGACGAGCCGACGCCGCCGAAGCGGACCAAGACUGUGCGGCAAGACUCGGGCGCGUUCCGGACGCCGAUGGCGUCGGUUAAGUCGCCGGAGCGGGACCUGAGCCUGCCGUCUGUGGUGCUGGACGGUGACGCGGAGCUGCCGCUCAUGCACUCGGUCAGCUUCUACCGCCGACAGAAGCCACAGGAGGUGCAGGUGACGCCGGUGCGGCCGGUGGUGCGGAACCGGGAGGUGGCUCGGCCGCCGCUGCCCGAGGCUGCAACCGGCGGGCAAUCGACGCUCGCCGCCGGCGUCCAGGAGCGCGUCAAGCAGCUGCAGAAGGAGGUGGGCGCCCGGGCACCGCCCGAGCCGGCAAGGCUGAGGACGAGCUGUGCGGAUGAUGGGGGCCAAAGCUGA